AUGCUAUUGUCAACCUAUAGAAGGCUCAGCACCGUUACCCGACUUGAGCGUCGUCUCAUCAGACGUUCUUUCAUCUCUACUCAGUCUAAAGACCAGGGCAUUCCUCCCCCACUUGCGGGCGUCAGAGUCCUCGACCUCACUCGAGUUCUUGCAGGCCCGUCAUGCACCAUGCUUCUUGCAGAUAUGGGUGCGGAUGUCAUCAAAGUCGAGGAGGUCACUCGCGGCGACGACACUCGCUCGUGGCUUCCUCCUUCUGCUCCCGUCUCCCCGCAUUCUCCGAAAGAAUCAUCCCACCUCCCUCCUGAAUCUGCAUACUUCCUCGCUGUGAAUAGAAACAAGCGUUCUAUCACCGUCAAUUUCAAGGAUCCUGCGGGACUAGAGGUCAUCCAGAGGCUCAUCCGCAGUUCGGAUGUUCUCGUGGAGAAUUUUAUUGCGGGAAAGCUCUCAGGGAUGGGUCUUGGUUGGGAGGACUGCAAGAUGCUUAAUCCGCGGCUUGUGUACGCUUCCAUUACUGGGUAUGGGCAGACAGGCCCGUUCCGCGAAGCUGCAGGUUACGAUGUUAUCAUUGAAGCCGAAGCUGGGCUGAUGCACAUGUAUUCUUAUGUUUUGCCUUUCAUGGAUUAUAGCACUGGCGAACCUGAUCGUCCACCGUCUAAAGUAGGCGUUGCAGUGACAGACUUGAUGACAGGUCUUUACGCACAUGGCGCUAUCCUUGCUGGUUUGCGUUCCGUACAGCACACGGGAGAAGGCGUUUGGAUAGACUGUAACUUAUUCGAGACGCAGCUUGCGGGUCUUGCGAAUAUAGCGUCGAAUUAUCUCAUCGCCGGAAAGGAAGCCUCCCGGCACGGAACCGCCCACCCAUCCAUUGUUCCUUACCAAGUCUUCCCAUGCAAAGAUGGCUUUCUCAUGAUUGGCGCGGGCAACGACAAGCAGUUCCGACUCCUUGCCGAAAGGAUAUUGGAAAAGCCCGAGCUGGUGGACGAUGUAAGGUUUGCUACUAAUGCUACGCGGGUAGCAAACAGGGAGGCAUUGGUGGACAUCAUUACUCAAGUGCUCCAAAGACAUGAAAGGGAUCAUUGGAUUAAACGCUUCACAGGAUUAGGGGUACCGUUUGGGCCGAUCAAUAAUAUCGAACAGUCAUUCGCGCACCCACAAGUUGGCGCACGGCAGGCUACGGUGGAGGUUGAUCAUCCACGAGCGGGGAAAGUGAGGAUGGUGGCUCCACCUGUGACUUACAAUGGAAGGAGGAUGCCGGUGAGACGACCCCCGCCCUGGCUGUCACAGCAUACACAGGAGGUGAUGCUGGAACUAGGGUACUCUCAGAAUGAGAUCGCCAAGUUGAGGGCUCGAAAAAUUAUCUGA